AGGGUUAGGUUACUCUUGGCGGGUCUCCAGUUGUGAAUGGGAUGCGGAAGCCCCGCCUGUUUCGGGAUAUGACGCGAACCAAUGAAAAAGCCCAGUGCGAUAUGGAAGAACGUCAUAUCGUCAUCAGACGCCGUAGGGUUGGAAUGCCUCUGUGUGAGAUCCAGAACAACUCACCAAACAUUUUUUUACAAUUGGGAUAUGUUACGGAUAUGUUUCUUUAAAAUGUUCCAAAAAAUGUAUAACAAUAAUUUCCCGACGCUUCAAAAGACUGAGUUGUCUUUCCUUGGACUAGGAGAGUAAAUCAGAGAGAAAGAGUGUUGUGAAUGCUGCUAAAUCGAAUUGCUUUCAACUUAUUUAUUGAAUUGCAGAAAUUCAUAUGGCGAGAUAGAAGGCGAGAUAGAAGACAUUAUGUUAUAUCGUUCGUUUGGACCAUGGAGUAGUCCAACGCGGACCGUUAUAAUGCAGAUGAAACACUGAAGAUGAAUCCGCUAAUAGCAUAAAGAAAUGUAAGGUCCGGGUGCAUUUUCAAUCCCUAACUUACCAGGAAGGUAGUCUACUCUUAAGUGCUGGAAGAUAGCCACUGUUCGCCAUAACUAUUAACAAGGGGAUAAGUAAAUGAUCAUUAUAAAUCGCCCACAUGCGCUGGAUCAAUCGUCGGCUUGGGGAAAGGAAUCAGAAGGUGGUGGACGUGUUGAGCGCUAAACCCUUCCUGGCUGGGGGAAGAUGGCGCAGCCGUUCAAUUGGAAGUAGUGGCGAGAGGAGUGAAACUUCAUCGGGGCUCGUUGGAUUUACUAGACAUCUCGACCCUGAUCGAAGGACACAUGCAGGCCAAAAAACGGUACUUAAUUCUGUUCUCCGCCGGUGCGUGUCUCAUUCUGUUGUUGUACUUUGGAGGGAUGCAAACCCCGCUAUCCAAAAGCAACAACCGGCGUGAUGACCGCAGCCUCGAUGGACACCACGGGAGUCCCCAGUGGCACCACUUCUCGGGGUCUCUACAACCGUUCAGCCCCUGGGACCAAAUGGAGACCGAGGAGUACAACGUUCACAUAUCGCCACGACAGAAGAGGGAUGUCAUUUCGGGAGUUUAUAACGGGAAACGUUGCCGGAUGGACUCCUGCUUUGAUUUUUCCUUGUGCAAAACCAACGGAUUUAAAGUUUACGUUUACCCGCAACAGAAAGGAGAGAAGAUGUCCGAGAGUUAUCAGAAUAUUUUAUCUUCCAUUGAGGCUUCCAGGUUCUAUACGUCUGACCCGGGACAGGCUUGUCUAUUUGUCCUGAGUUUGGACACUCUAGACAGGGACAUUCUGUCUCCGCAGUAUGUUCACAACCUCAGAACUAAAGUCCAGAACUUGCAUCUGUGGAAUAACGGAAAGAAUCACCUCAUCUUUAACCUCUAUUCGGGGACUUGGCCCGACUACACGGAAGAUCUGGGCUUCGACUUUGGACAGGCCAUGCUAGCCAAGGCAAGCAUCGGCACAGAGAACUUCAGACCCAAUUUCGAUGUCUCCAUCCCUCUUUUUGGGAAAGACCACCCCAGCGCCGGAGGGGAGAGGGGCUAUUUAAAAUACAACUCUAUCCCACCGUACAGGAAAUACGUGCUUGUGUUCAAAGGGAAACGAUACCUCACUGGAAUCGGAUCAGACACGAGGAAUGCAUUAUAUCACGUCCAUAACUCUGAGGACGUGGUGCUGCUCACCACGUGUAAACACGGGAAAGACUGGCAGAAGCACAAGGAUGCCCGCUGUGACCUCGACAACGCCGAAUAUGACAAACAUGAUUACAGAGAGAUGCUUCACAACUCUACCUUCUGUCUGGUUCCCAGAGGACGACGCCUGGGAUCCUUCCGCUUCCUGGAAGCACUGCAGGCUGCCUGUGUACCUGUGAUACUCAGUAACGGCUGGGAGAUGCCCUUCUCGGAGAUCAUCCACUGGAACACAGCAGCUGUGAUCGGGGACGAACGACUGCUACUUCAGAUUCCGUCUACGGUGCGUUCCAUUCACCAGGACAACAUCUUGUCUCUCAGACAGCAGACCCAGUUCCUGUGGGAGGCCUACUUCUCUUCUGUAGAGAGGAUAGUACUCACAACACUAGAGAUCAUCCAUGACCGGGUGCUCCAGCAAGCAGCCCGUAGUAACCUGAUGUGGAACAGUCUUCCCGGAGGUCUCUACUCCCUGCCUCAGUACUCCUCAUACCUGGGGGACUUCCCUUUCCACUAUGCCAAGCUAGGUAUCAAGCCUCGUCCCAAGUUCACGGCGAUCAUCCAUGCUGUGACUCCCCUGGUCUCCCAGUCUCAGCCCAUCCUCAAGCUACUGGUGGCUGUCGCCAAGUCCCAGCACUGUGUCCAGGUGAUCAUCCUAUGGAACUGUGACAAGCCCCUCCCGGCCAAACACCGCUGGCCUGCCACCGCCGUACCUGUCCUGGUCAUAGAUGGAGAGAGCAAGGUGAUGAGCAGUCGUUUCCUGCCCUAUGACACAAUACCAACAGACGCCGUUCUGAGUCUGGACGAGGAUACAGUUCUCUCUACUACUGAGGUGGACUUUGCUUUCACGGUGUGGCAGAGUUUCCCAGAGAGGAUUGUGGGAUACCCGGCCAGGAGUCAUUUCUGGGACAGCAACAAGGAGAGGUGGGGUUACACCUCCAAGUGGACCAACGACUACUCUAUGGUCCUGACAGGAGCUGCUAUAUACCACAGAUAUUACCACUACCUGUAUACCAGUUACCUGCCGGCUAGUCUGAGGGGCCUGGUGGACCAGCUGUCGAACUGUGAAGACAUCCUGAUGAACUUCCUGGUGUCAGCCGUCACCAAGCUGCCGCCCAUCAAGGUCACCCAGAAGAAACAGUACAAGGAGACUAUGAUGGUGCAGACCUCCAGAGCAUCCCGGUGGGCCGACCCAGACCACUUUGCCCAGCGACAGAGCUGCAUGAAUAAGUUUGCCAGCUGGUUUGGCAGCAUGCCCCUGGUGCACUCUAAUAUGCGGCUGGACCCGGUGUUGUUUAAAGACCAGGUGUCCAUACUGAGAAAGAAAUACAAGGACAUAGAGAGACUAUAACCAGCCUGAUCCUCUGUGUCUCCAUGGUGGAGUGGGGAGGGACAGAGAGAGACUAGAACCAGCCUGAUCCUCUCUGUCUUCAUGGUGGAGUGGAGAGAGACAGAGAGAGACUAUAACCAGCCUGAUCCCCUGCUGCCCCCUAGAAGGACAGGAGAGUAGUGGGAUGGGAGACACACAGAGACCCUCCCAGAGAGAAGAGAGGAACAGGAGAAGAAACGAGAGGAGAGGACAGGGCGCUGUGGAGCCAGGACGCCACGGUUGACCCUCCCAGAGAGAAGAGAGGAACAGGAGAAGAAACGAGAGGAGAGGACAGGGCACUGUGGAGCCAGGACGCCACGAUUGACCCUCCCAGAGAGAAGAGAGGAACAGGAGAAUAAACGAGAGGAGAGGACAGGGCGCUGUGGAGCCAGGACGCCACGGUUGCGUCUUCCACCCACACUCUCCAUCCUUGUACGCUGUUGCUGGUGCCAACAGUGGUAACCGUGACAGGCUGUAUUUUGGUAGGAGCUGUACACAGACAGAAAACUAGUUCAUGCACAAAUGACAACAUGGACGUCUGGGGGUUCCAUGUUCUUCCCUCCCUCACAAGACCUGGUGAACCACUAUAAUCCCACAGCCCUCGCCUAGUCAGCCCCCACUAUAAUAACAAUAUAUACUAUCUAACAUAACCUUUUAUGCAAAGACACAAACAUUUUACUUCUGGGUGGUCCCAGGAAUCAAACCCACACUAUCAAGACGAACACCCACAGUCAUCAAUAAAGACUCUCUUCUUUGUCCAUCUUCAACUGUCAUUCACAUUAACAUGAUCAGAUUGAUUUGAGUUGACACACAUUCAUCAUCUUUAGAGUUAAAAGGACACUAAGGGGGUUUUGGCAUCUACUGACCCAGAGUCAGAUGAGGUCCUUUAUCUACUGACCCAGAGUCAGAUGAGGUCCUUUACCUACUGACCCAGAGUCAGAUGGUCUCCUUUAUC